AUGAAGGUGGCACAAUUUAUUAAGUUUGUAGCCCAAGAUCCUCGAUUUAAUAAAGAAGUUGAUAUUCAAACUGGUUAUCGUACCCAUAGCAUAUGUUGUAUGCCAAUUUUGAAUAAAGAUAAUGUUGUCAUUGGUGUAGCACAAAUAAUUAACAAAAAAACAGGCACACAUGAAUUUACACACAAAGAUUUAAACGUAUUUCGAAAUUAUUUAACAUUUUGUGGUAUUGGACUAUCAAAUGCUCAAUUAUUUGAAUUAUCUAUUCAAGAAUUCAAAAAAAAUCAGUUAUUACUUACAUUAGCACGUAAUUUAUUUCGUGAACAAAGUGAUUUAGAACAUUUGAUACGUAAAAUAACUGUUGAAUCUCAAGGUCUUUUACAAUGUACUCGAUGUUGUGUAUAUAUACUAGAAAAAGCAGCAGCAAAACCAGAGGAAGUUCGAAUUACAAAAGGCUUUGAUAUGAUAUAUGAACAAGAAUUUAAAGUAACAACGAAUGAAUUUCUUGAUAAUUCUCGUUACGCUAAAAUAGCCUAUCAUGUUGCAAGAUCUAUGGAAACAGUGAAUUUAAGCGAUAUUGGAAAGGAUGCAACAUUCACACAUUUGUUGGCAGCUCAUGGUGAUGAUAAUUUUAUUUUAAAAAAUAUUUUAUGUGUUCCAAUAUUUGAUAAAGAUGGAAAAGUAAUUGGUGUUGCUCAAAUGAUGAAUAAAAUAAAUGAACGAGUAUUUACUGAUGAUGAUGUUGCUAUUAUUGAGGCAUUUUCUAUAUUUUGUGGUCUGGGAAUAAAUAAUACUCAAAUGUAUGAAAAUGUUAUGCGUUUAACAUGUAAACAAAAAGUGGCAUUCGAAGUUUUAAGCUAUCAUGUAAUUGCAAGUGAAGAAGAUGUUUUAAGAAUAGCACAUGUUCAAUUACCAGAUCCAAAUCAAUUACGACUUUAUUCAUGGGAUUUUAAUGAUAUGGUAUUAACAGAUGAUGAAACUAUUUUAGCAUCAGUAAGAAUGUUUACUGAAUUAGAUUUAAUAAAAAAAUUACAAAUUCCACAUGAUGUCAUUUGUAGAUGGGUAUUAAGUGUGAAAAAAAAUUAUCGUCCAGUUAUAUAUCACAAUUGGCGACAUGGAUUUAAUGUAGCACAAACAAUGUUUGCAAUGUUAACAACGGGUGGAAUGAAUAUAUGUAUGAACGAUUUAGAACGUUUAGGUUUAUUAGUAGCAUGUUUAUCACAUGAUUUGGAUCAUAGAGGGACAAAUAAUGCAUUUCAAGCAAAAGUUGAUGCACCACUAGCCAAAUUAUAUUCAACAUCAACAUUAGAACAUCAUCAUUUUGAUCAAUGUAUUAUGAUUGUAAAUAGUGAAGGAAAUAAUAUAUUUCAAUCAUUAUCGGCUGAAGAUUAUAAAACAGUUAUCAAAUAUAUUGAAAGUGCUAUUUUAUCUACAGAUCUUGCACUCUACUUUAGAAAACGAGGUGAUUUUCAAAAACUUGUUGAAAAUAAUGAAGAACAUUGGACAGAUCCAGCCAAGAAAGAAUUAUUACGAGGUAUGAUGAUGACAGCAUGCGACGUGGCCGCAAUCUGUAAACCAUGGGAAAUUCAACAAGUUGUGGCCAAAUUAGUAGCAAGUGAAUUUUUUCAACAAGGAGAUAUUGAGCGUACUCAAUUACACGUUGAGCCAAUUCCAAUGAUGGAUCGUGCCAAAAAAGAUGAAUUACCUAAAAUGCAAGUGGGAUUUAUUGAUUCUAUUUGUCUACCACUUUACAAGACAUUGGCCGAUGUUGAUCCCAGUCUGAGUCCAUUGUUUGAUGGUUGUAAAAGAAAUCGUUCCAAUUGGGAAAAAUUAGCACAAGAACAUGAAAAAUUAAGACAAUUGUGGUCAGAAAAUUCACAGGAAAAUCUGAAAAAGAUGCUUGAACAAACAAACAAAUCACCAAUUUCGCCAUUGAAUAAACUAAGUGAAACAAAACUAAAAAAUAUAAACGAAACAAUUAACCAAAACACGAACAGUAUUAGUUACAAAAUCAUGAAUGAAGCAUCAACAACUUCCAAACCGACCAAUACAGCUGUUGCUUCAACAACUAAGUCAAAUUCAGCAACAAACACGUCUGUCGAUGGUACUGAACAACCUAUCAAGAUAAUUCCAGCUAUUUCUACUCCAGCAAAUUGUUUACUAUUAAUCAAAGAAAUGCCAGCUGAUGAAUCGAAUACAACAGCCGAUUCGACAACAGCAACGUCCAAUAUUCAUUUGAUUCAAGUUAAUAAACACAUCGAUGUAAUUCAAUCACAGAUCAAUGAUAUACGGCAAGAUGUUGAAGAUUUACGGGUACACAUUCAAAAAAUCGAAAAUCAAAAACCAUCCUCAGCGGUUACUUUACCUACUAAUACGACAACAAUGGGGAUAGUUACCACUACGUCUGAAACAAAUUCCCAGCAUCAAACAUCGUUUAAUCAUCAUCACCAUCAUCAUCAUUCCAAAUCAUCAGUUUGUGUGUUGUUCUAG